UCAGUCAACACGCAACCUUAGUAAAUUUAACAGAUUUUAAAAAUAUACCACAAUAAAAUGUACUUCAAGGUGUUGUGUUUUAUGACAAUUUUGGCAAUUGCUGCUGCACAAUAUGAUCACGGGCAUGCUUACUCAUCUCAGCAUUUCAACAAACAUGAUGGCAAGCCAGAGAUAGUCCAUGGUCAUCACGGCCACCACGAUUACCAUACUCAUCCUAAAUAUGAUUUUGAAUACAAAGUGGAGGACCAUCACACCGGUGAUAUAAAGUCCCAGCAUGAGCACCGCGACGGAGACGUGGUGAAGGGCGUCUACUCGCUGCACCAGCCCGACGGCUCCGAGAGGACCGUGCACUACCAUGGGGACCAUCACACUGGAUUCCACGCUGAUGUGAUCGUAUUCGCUGCUGCCGUGGCCGUUGCUGCCGCUCAAUACAACCAUGGAUACUAUGGCAAUGCGCAAUCUUCCCAUAACAUCGUCCAGCACCAGCCAAGCAUAAUCGCUCAUGCUGCUCAACCUGUAGCCCAUUACGCUGCACCAGUGCAACAAGAUUACAGUGCACCAGCUCACUACUCCUACGAAUACGGAGUACAGGACCCCCACACUGGUGACUUCAAGUCCCAACAGGAGAGCCGCGAAGGUGACGUCGUCCGUGGUUCCUACAGCCUGCAUGAGGCUGACGGCACCAUCAGACGUGUUGAAUACACCGCCGAUGCUCACAACGGAUUCAACGCUGUCGUUCAUCGCGAGGGACAAACCCACCAAGCUCCUGCCUACCAACAUUAGAAACCCUAGUCCAUACCUAUAAUACUGUAGAUUAUAAAUUAGCAAUUAAAAUAUAGAAAUUUCACAUA